AAAAAAAAAUAGACGAGAUGUCUUGGUACUAGCUUCAUGUGCAGCAAAUCACUGUAUCUUUUCCCACAUCCUUAGGGCACUGGUUUCCUUAGGGCACUGGUUUCCUUAGGAAACUUGCCUGUACAUUGGGAUCACCCGGACAGCUUCAAAAAUAACAGAUGCCAGGGGCACCUGGGUGGCUGUGGGUUAAGCAUCAGACUUUGGAUUUCAGCUCAGGUCACGAUUUCAUGAUCUGUGGGGUCGACAUGCUGCGUUCUUCGAGGACAGCGAGGUGUCUGCUUGGGAGUCUCUGUCUCUGUCUCAGCCCCUCCCCCGCUGGUGCGUGCACAUGUACUGCGUCUCAAAAAUAAAUAAACUACAAAACAACAGCAACAACAACGAUAACACCUGAUGCCAUGUCCCACUCAUAGAGAUGGUGACUUCAGUGGUCCGGGGUGUGGUCUGCCAUUUGAAUUUUUUACAAGACCCUUAGAGGAUUCUAAUCUGCAGACAAGUUUGGUGCCCACUGGGUUCGUUCACUGCCGGAUGUGUAAAUAUAACUGACCUUCCCACAACUCAAACACGUUCCGCCCUGUAAAUAGCACACAGAGAAUGCUUCCGCGUUGGCAUAUCCCAGGGCUCUGUCUGGCCUCAGCCUAGCUUCUCUGAUUUGUCAUCUACCGAACAACUUCUGGCACCGAAUUUUGUACUACCUUCAAAGCCAGACAUAACGAAUAAAAGCAAUGAAGGAAAAAGCAGAGGAAUAAAUGUAGAACUGAACAGUCCUUCCUUGGAUUUGAAGAAUUGAUGAGAUCGCAGCUACGGUUACAUCUGAAUUCUCUAGCUUUACCAUCCAUUGAAAAUAACUAGACACCUCUCAGCUAUAUAAACACUGCCCUGGGCAACUGGCCUGAAGGUGCCCUGUUUUAAAUUCACUAGUUGUUUUAUUUCCUUAUGGAAAAAGACAGUUUCCAGAAGUCAGAAUUAGAGAAAAGUAGGUCUUCCAAAAGAACUACUCCCAAAAGAAUUAUCCAUUUUGUUGAUGGAGACAUCCUGGAAGAAUACAGCACCGAGGAGGAGGAAGAGGAGGAAAAAAAGGAACAGAAAACAAAUUCAACACAUGAUCCUUCUAGACUCUCAUGGCAGUCGUACCUAUGGUUUUGGGCAGGGCGAAUAGCAAGCACCUCAUUUUCUACAUGUGAAUUUCUUGGUGGAAGAUUUGCUACCUUCUUUGGUCUUACUCAACCCAAAUAUCAGUACGUGUUAAAUGAGUACCAUAGGACACAAAAUAAGGAAAGUGACAAGGAAAGUGAAGGGAAUGGGCCAAAGGCCCGGCCAACCAAGGUUCCUAAUGAAAAGUGUCAUCUGGAGGCUGGGGGCCAAGAGUAUGGAACCAGACAACAGGACACUGUGGAGGGUGUUCCUCGGCGGAGCGCCUCACCCAGGGAGGGCCUGGCAGCUGAUUUCAGCUCAUAAUGGGCAGCAGGACUGUGGUUCCUCUGGAUGUCUGUUCCACCACCACUGACGACCAUGGCAACAGCCAUAGGUAGUGCUUCUGAGCCAGUCCUGAUUUUCAUCUCCUUGUGAUUUAUUCUCUAGCAUCCAGUGAUUGCAAAGCAGUGAUGAGAAUAAUUAUGGAUGCUUUCUCAAUUUUAUAAGCCUCCAACUCAACUCCCCCCAAAGCCCCCUUCCCUGGUUGUGAUCUAUUAGUAUUGACAUUUGCACAGAAGUGUAAAUGACUUAAGGAAUUGGAUCUGCCAGUUUGGGGCUGAAAACUCUUCACCAUGGGGCUAGGGUGCAGAAAAGAAUCUCUGUUCCUCAGAAGAAACUUUGGGCAUUAUGAAGUCUAAGUCCCCUUUCAAGGUUUGGUGUAAUGUGGGUGCUUCCCAGUAACCACCCUGCCUUAAUUGGGGCUUGCUUUACAAUAAGCAAACAUUGCUAGCAAUUCUGUUUCAAUACAUCAAAGUCUUUGAGAAUUGGGUACAUUUCCCUCCACACAGUUAAACAACAACAACAACAACAACAACAACAACAACAACAACCACCACCACCUAAACUCUGGAAAAAGUAUUUGGAAAAAUGGAUGAGCUUGUUUAUUUGCCAGCAAAAUUUAAAAACCUGGAAAGAUCAGGGGCACCUGGGUGGCUCAGUCAGUUAAGCGUCCGACUUGGGCUCAGGUCAUGAUCUCACAGUUCGUGAGUUCAAGCCCCGCGUUGGG